GCCUGGUCAUCGGUAGGUGCGAAGUGCAAAUCUUCGGGCACCAUCGACGGCGACGCCUCCAAAGUCCAAACCCCACGCACUCGGCAUUGCCGCCGGCACCACGAUAUCACCGCUCCGCCGGUGUCAUGAGGCCUCUGCUCUCCCGCCUAUUCGCCCCCAGUUACAUCGCCAUGGCCGCCCCCUCCGCAUCGCCGUCCCGACGGCUUGCCCACCUCACACGCCACCUCCUCGCCUCUUCCUCGUCCUCCUCUUCCGACGAGCUCUCCUCGGUGGGCGGCCCCGCCGCCGCCGCCUCCGGCCCAGCCCGCGCGGCCGCAUCCAAGGCCUUCGCCGCCGUGCUGGUCUGCAUCUUCGAGGACACACGCGGGGACCCCCGCGUCCUCCUCACCAAACGCGCCUCCACCCUCUCGUCCCAUUCAGGGGAGGUGUCGUUGCCGGGAGGCAAGGUGGAUCAGGGUGAUGUGGAUGUUAAGGCCACGGCUCUGCGGGAGGCAGAGGAGGAGAUUGGGCUGGACCCGGCGCUUGUAUCUGUCGUGACAGUUCUUGAGCCCUUCUUGUCCAAGAAUGGCCUUGAUGUUACUCCUGUAAUUGGCAUUCUUUCAGAUAGAGCUCUAUUCAAUCCUGUCUUGAAUAAAGCUGAAGUGCAAGACAUCUUUGAUGCCCCUCUGGAGAUGUUUCUGAAGGAUGAUAACCGGACAACAAGACAAAGGGACUGGAUGGGGAAGACUAUUCCGGUCCAGUUCUUUGACUACGAGUCAGAGGGCAAAAAAUAUGUCAUUUGGGGCUUAACCGCACACAUUCUGACCCGUGCUGCAUCAGUCGUUCUACAGAGACAACCAUCAUUCGCUGAACUUCCAAAUAGACCAGAAAAUAUUCGCACCAGCAAGCACUGAUGGGCUGAAAACUCGGGCAGCAAUAUUGAUAUGUAAUUGUAGCAAUUUGUAUACGAGUGCGGCGUUUCUACUCCCGAGCUCAUCUGCACCCGCCCUGACGAAAAAAAUCAAAACAAAUACUAAAAAAAUUCAAAAAAUUCCAUAUUUUUUUGUGUGGUAGAUAAGUUUAUGCGUGAGGUGCGCUCCAAGUUUCAACUCAUUUGAACAUCGGAGCAACUCUGAGCAAUAAAGACAAAUUCAGGGUCUGUAAAAGUGUUUACUGUUCACACACUGUUUUGAUUCGAUUUAUCUUUUUUGCUGAGAGCUGCUCAGAUGUCCAAAUAAGUUGAAAUUUUAAGCGAACCUCAUGCAUCAAAUUGCCAAUCACACAAAAAAUUAGAUUUUUUUAAAUUUUUUUAGUAUUUAUUUUGAUUUUUUUUGACCGGGUGCAUGAGUCUGGGCACCGAAUUGGGUUUUCGUUUGUAUACCCCAUUUACUGGUACAAGAGGUUAUCAGAAGUCUAAAACUAAAUGUAAUGUAUAUCUCUAGAGAUGUAAUUUGCAUUGCAUUUAUAGCACAGGAAGUAGUAUCCUGGAACAUUUGGUGACAUCA